AUGACGAUGACGAUGGCAGAGCAUGACUCUAAAGUCAAAAUAAAUCCAUGGAUUCUAUUUUUGUCCUGUCUGGAUUUCUUCCAUACAGGUGUGGUGCUUGCAGUGAACAUGACGCUCCCCAGCUCUCUCGUCCGAGGCACGCUUGGAGGCGAGGCCCUCCUCUCCGUUCACUACGUCAGCUUCAGCGCCGACCUACCCGUCAUCAAGUGGCAGCUCCGCCGGGAGAAGUCGGUCACCGUGGUGCAGUCCAUCGGAACGGACAUCGUGGGCACACUGAGGCCCGAGUACAGGGACCGCAUCCUGAUUUUCCAGAACGGCUCCCUGCUCUUGCACAACCUGCGGCUGUCGGACGAGGGGACGUACGACGUGGAGAUCUCCAUCACGGAUGAUACGUUCACUGGCGAGGGCAGCGUCGCGCUCACUGUGGACGAGCCACUGUCCAGGGCUCACAUCCACAUGGAGUCGUCGUCCGUGCUGGAGCGCAGCGAAAACGUGGUCCUCAACUGCUCCCACGACGCGGGCACCCGGGCCGCGUACAGGUGGUUGAAAGGCGGCAAAGCGCUGGGCAACGACAGCAGGCUGCAGCUGUCCCGUGACCACCAGCUCCUCACCAUCACUCGGGUCACCAUGGCGGAUGACGACGUGUACAGCUGCGUGGUAGAAAACCCCGUGAGCGCCGUGACAAGCCUGCCCAUCAGACUGAGCGUCUACAAAAGAAGUUCUGUCUAUAUCAUUCUCUCCACUGGUGGCAUCUUCCUCCUGAUCACCUUGGUAACCGUGUGCGCCUGCUGGACACCAUCCAAAAAGCCAAAGCGACCAACAACAAAGUCUUUCUCCCGGUUUUAUAACCGACGCACACCGGCUCGUCACUCAGCUGAUGCUCCUCCAGAGGUGACACAGUGCAAUGGAAAGAACACGGUGACGUCCCUUUAUAUCCUGCAGCAAAAGGAUCUUUCCCCGGGCGACUCUUCCAUCAACAGCAUCGGGUCCGCUUCAGAACCGGAGCACCUGCCCAGCUACACCAACUACAUUGAUUCUCUAACGCGGGCUACUGCCCACUCCAACCAACUCCAAGUAUAGGUGAAUGACAAAAGAUAUUUAAGAAGAAACCCUGCAUGGAUUGGGGCAAAAAAAGAAAACACUCCUUACUUGAGAAAUUUGGUUUGUAUCCAAAAUUCCCCCCCCAAAAAACAACCCAAAAAAACACAGGAAAACGUUAUUAUUAGGAAAACAGUUUAUUAUUUUAUAGCUAUGUUCGAUAAAUUUGUUGGGAAUACAUAACAAGUCUGAUCCCAGACAAGCUAAAUAUUAAAAAAAUAUUUAUUAUAUAGUAGACCAAUGCCUCUUGUUUGGACUAUAUUGUAAAUUUACUUUAUCGUGAUCGAUUUGAAUGCAAUGUUGCCUCACAUUUUUUCUCAUUAAA